GAGGCCUGGCCCACACACCACCUCCACAUGGUCCCACCUCAGUAACGGCCAAGUCUGUGGAACGUAGUCAGCUAGGUUUGGUGGAGCUUUGUGUACAUUACCUUUGGUGACAGUGUACAUCAACAAGAUUAAUAAUAUUUGCCACGAAGAUUGAGAUGAUAUUGAUUGGUUUCACAAUGAGAAGUACAGUGGACCCUCGACAUUAGAUACUAAUCCGUUCCUGAGAGCUAUCGAAUGUCGAAAAUAUCGGAAGUGGUGAUCAUCAGUCUUAAAACACCAUUAUGGAUUAUGCACAGAGUUAUGAAGAUUUGGAAAAACUUUUUUUAAAUGAGUUGGUUAAAAAUAGAAAGUUCAUGGCAGCACUGGCUUAUAUGAAACCAAAUCGUACCGCAGAAGAAAUGUUUUCCUAUAUUUGGAGUCUGGAUGAAGCUCAUAGGUUUCUGACACCAGCUUUGCUUCCUUCAAGCAAGUCAAAAGAUGCAUCUUGUGUGUAUUGUAGACAGGGAGACAUUGCCCACAAGCUUGGUAAUUUAGAUAAGGCAUUAAAAUUGUAUAAUUUAGCUAUAGUAUCUGCCCCACAUCCAGCUAUUAUGACAGGAAAUUCAUCUUUUGAUAAAGACAAUACCAGAGUGCUUGGUAAUGUGUACGGAGAUUUGGCACAAGCCUACAUGUCUCGGUCUGUUUUACUGUUUGAUAUGGAGCAGUAUGAAAAAUGUUUUAAUGACAUCGAUCGUGCCUUGGAGCUUGAUUGUUUACCGCCAUCACAGAAAGUAAAGAUACUAGAAAUAAAAGAAAAGUGUCAGAAAAUUUUCUUGGAAGGAAAGAUUAAGGAACUGAGUGCUUCAGAAAAGGCUUUAAAUACUUCUCAAUCAUCAUUUGCUUAUGUAAAUCCUAUGCCUCCCAAAUUAACAGAGUGCAACUCUGCUAUACCAUGUGUGAGCAGUGCUGUCACACUCGCUUACACGCCCUUGCAAGGACGACAUCUGACUGCAAAUAGAGGCAUUGUUCCAGGUGAGAUUGUAUGUGUUGAUGAAGGGUAUUCCAGUGUAGUAUUCCAAGAGAUGUCAAAAAUGUAUUGUACAGUUUGUGUAGAGAGAUGCCUGGUACCCCUACCCUGCCCAACUUGUAGUAUGGUUGUUUUUUGUAGCGAGUCAUGCCGAACUCUGGGAAACCAUUGGCAAGAGUGCCGAGUUUUGCCUACUCUGUAUGAGCUGGGAAACAAGGCAUUCAUGUGUUUGCCAUGUAGGGUGAUGAUAAAAACUUCUCAUAUCAAGAUCAAAAAGAUGAUACCACUGCUACAGCAAGAAGUGAAAGAUCAACCUCCUGAGACUCUUGGUUUCAACAAGGAUGGAAUUUAUGACUCCACUGAUUAUAGAUCAGUGUACCAUUUAGUUACCAACAAAGAGAAGCGGGAUGAAACUGGAUACUUCAAGUUCAGCAUGAGAGCUUUCAUUUUAACUAAGCUUUUGCAGCAGGGGCAUUACUUCCUUGAUGACCACGGUAAUCCCUUUACUCCAAGUCAUGAAGACAUCAUCUUGACUGGCAGCACACUCAUUCAUCACUUGAUGAAUUUACAAAGUAACAGUGCAGAAAUUAAUUAUUGGGAGGAAAAUGUGCUUGACCACCAGAAGAGCUCCAUAGAAGCAUGUGGAUAUGCAGCUUAUCCAUUGAGUCUCAUAAAUCAUGCCUGCAAUCCCAACUGUGUUGAAUUUUUUUAUGGGAAAACUAAGGUUGUGAGAGCAACUCAUUUUAUCCCUCCUGGCGGAUCAUUAACAGUAUCUUAUGGAGAUAGUUUUCUUAGUGCAGACAGAGAUUCCAGGAGGGAUGCAAUAAUGAAGCCAUUCCAUUUCACAUGCACAUGCGAGGCAUGUGAGAAUGACUGGCCAACAUUUGUGAAUUUACCAAGAUUUGAAAUGGAUCUAAAGUGUUUGAUGUGCAAAAAUGAAAUUCACCCCAUAGCAAAGGCAUGCUCAGAAUGCAGACUAGAUUACAAUAAACCAAGAGCAGUGAAAGGUAUGGGCAGACAGGAUUUACCACCAUAUAACUACUAUGAUAUUGAAGUGAAGCUAGGAAAACUCCUAUCUGAAUUUAUAGCAGUCACGGCAAAAAUUGCUGUAGGCAGCACAUCAGAUGACGAUGUAAAGGUGGUGCGUAAAUUUAUAAAGGCUUUUUGCAUUUACGUAUGCCAGCCAAACUUUUUAUUCAUGAAUGCUGUAAGGUUUUUGUGCCUUAUUUGUAAUAGGCUUGGCUCUCGAAUUUACGUUUCGAGUCAGAUCCCAAUUACUUCUUGAAAUUCUCUUGAUACUAAUCUGAUUCAGAGCCAGAGCUAUUGUAAAUACUUUGUAUUACAAAAUCUGAUAAGGCAAGCUAUUUAAAAAUGUUUUCUAUUGCCCCAAAAUCCUGAAUGCUGUUGGCAAUAGGAAACUGUCCUUAAUUUGUAUGAUUUUAAUAUUUGCUUUGUUUAUAUAAAUUUUUUUAUUCUUUACCUUUCCUUUACAGCAAGACUUGCAUAUUUUAACUUAGUUAAUAAUUAUAUAUAUUUCAUAAGGGUUUUAAAAGAUUUAGUGCCAAGGAAUAGUCUACCCUCCCGCAUCCUCAAGUGGAAACUGAUUCUCUCAUAUCCCAAAUCAUUGUAAGAUUUGUUAAUGUUCAGCUCUAUUUACCCAUAAUGUUUAAUCAUCAUAUAGUAAAAUCAGUUCUUUGCAAGUGCCUUGGGUUCAUUUCCCCUGCAUAUAUGCUGGACCUGUUAACCGACUCAAGGGCUGCAGCAUGAGGAAGACUACCUCAAUGGAAACAAGCCACAAUUAUUAAAUUUGGUAAACCUAAUUAGUAAUUAUUGGGCUAAUUAAAAAAAAAAAUCUUUACCAUAUCUGAAUGGGACCUGUAAAAGGUCAGAUAGUUUUAUUUUAGA